AUGUGGAGCAAAGUCGAAAAGUUGAAAGAUUUACUGAAAACACAUGCAGACCGUGAUCUCUAUCAAAAGAUUAUCGAAGAAUUGGAAGAUUGGAACGAAUGUCACUUUUCAUCAAGUUCUCGUUUUGAGAUUAAUUUUUCUUCACAAACAAGAGAAAAGUUUGAAAAAGUGAGAAAAGAAUUGAAUGCUCAUCAUCAUGGCCAAUCCUCAGAUGAAUUAUUGAAACAAGUUUCAGACUUUGCUCAAAGUGCAAACUUGGAACUACUUCUGAAUCUCAAUGACACCUAUUCGAGAUUUAUUCUCACUUCUGAAUACAAAGCACUCUCAAGUAUUGAAGAGAUUGUCACCGAGUUGAACGAGAAUAAUAAAUUCCAGUAG